ACUCGCGAAAUCUUGAUGAUCAUACUGUAAACUGAAAUCAUAGUUAUCUGUUUAUAAAAUAAUGGCUUCAAUAAUACCAAGUAUACCAAGUAAAACGCGCUUGUCACAAUUAGCACAAUUAUCCGCUAAAAUAUUUAAUAAUGUAUAUAAUCCAACAGGGGAAAGAACUGGAAAUAAAAUACUUCGCAAAAGACUCAUUGGAUCUACCAUAACAGGGUGGUAUCCACAUAGAAUAAUAACUUUACGUAAAAUUACUGAUACGUUUCCGGGUAUGAAAUUAGUUAAUCAAGAAGAGAAAUUACGACUAGAAGAAAUUGCUAAAAGAAAGAAACGUGGUAAAGGAGCUCCAAAGAAAGGUCAAGGAAAGCGUGCUUCUCUUGGAACAAAGAAGCAAAAAUAAUUUUAAUUUAAUUUUCUUGUAGUAAAAUUAAAAAAAAAAAUACAUAAAGAAAUUCCUAAAAAAUCAUUAAAUAGUCGGUCUAUAGACUUUUAUUUGAGUUGAUCCUCUCUUUGUAAAAUUUCUUUGUCUAAUUGGAUAAAUAUAGUUGUGCGUAAGGGGAAACCAUCAAUUGGCAGCGUAUGAGCAGUAACUCGAGAAGGCUAAAUAAAUAAACAAAAUUAGAUAUUUAAGGAAAAAAAUUUAAUCAAAAAAUUAACUUACGAAUUGAGCCCCAUCCAAUAUUGCUUCAACAAUUCCUGCUAGAAACGAAUUACAAUUUAAUUCAGAUAAUUCUUUGGGUACUGAAAUAUACUUACUUAUCAAAGGAUCAUUAUCUGAAAUCAUAUCUGUCCUCAUAGUUAAGAUAUAUAAAAUUAUUAUUUAAAUAUUUAAGAAAACCUUAUAAUAAUAUCAAGGAUACAUUCGUUUUCAUUUUCUGUACU